CGGAAAAUCCAAUCCAAAAAGCAUCAGCAGCCACGAUCAAUGUCAUUGUAUUCCAUUCGUUCGACUUGGCGUGGCGUGUGUACGCGUACCGUAUGUACUUAUUAUUGCUACUAGUAAAUAGGUUAUCUGUCGAGUUUGCGAUUGUUGGCGUUCAGUAGCUAAACCUAUGGUAACAAUUACCACUGUUGGAGCUGUUUUGUGUGCCAUUGCAGUGAGUGAAUUUGGUAGUACUACCGAAGGGAAACUUGUAUUGUGCGUGUGUGAACAAAAGUGUCGCUCGGUAGAAAUUUAUACUAGGUGUAGCUUCUUUUAUGGUCUGAAUUCGUGAUUCACACUUGGGUGUGUUUGUGCGGCUCGAACGCUGAGUGUCAACCCGUGAAAAGGCCGCGAAGUAGGACUGUACUUGGAAUUUGAAAGCCGAGCAAAAAGAAAGAGGAAAAGAUCGAUUUGCGCUGGCUGACGGCCAGUAUGUAAGUUUCUCAUCGUCAAAUGGAGGAAAAGUGUCAAACUACUUGGAAAAGUGAGAAAAUCGGAUGCUCCAAUUGUGAUUUUUUGAUCUUGUAGAGGAAAUUUUGCAUACUGCGUGCGUCUUUCCACUUGCACACGUUCGAUCCAUCGUGCAUGCAUUAGUACAGUGUCUCAAUUUAUAUAUGUAGAGAGCAAACAGUGUUAACUGAAUUAAUGCUAUAAAGGAUAGAAUUGUUCGACCAAACGUGGAACAUCAGGAAAGUCUCGCGGCAUAGGAAAAGAUAGCGAAAAACGUGAAAAACCACAGUGUCUGUGUCUGUGCUAGAAAUUCGAAGAAAAUUAUGUAAUAAGUUGGUAUAUUUUCACUCUCCCGUCAUCUUCUACAGAGCGGAUUUUCCCUAACACGUUCAAUGUUGGUCGCGCUCCGGAUCGCACACAUCGGCCCCAAAAAAGGUGUAUAGAGUCUGUGUGUAUUGUUUCAGUUGCUGAAAAGGAUGGUUCACAUUUGACGGUCAACUGAUUGACGUUCUUAUUCUUUUGCUGAUCAAUGAAGCUGCUCCUAAUGGUGGCCACAUUGACUUGGACUGCAGCGAACCACAAACAGCACCAACAGCGGAAGGAAAAACGGAAAAGUUUGAUUUGAUUCAACCGCUAGGAAAAAUCAUACAGAAAGAGUACGGCUCCACUGGAAGAGAAUACGAGAGUUUUACAGCGAAUUCAGUGAGAGCCACUGGCACUGGAGGAAAACACGCGUAUCCAUCCAACAAGAAGUCAGUGAGCAAUGAGCGGAAAAAUCGAAAAAGUUAAAACAGAACCAACCUCUCGAGUGUUUUAGAACUCAGAAGGAAAAUAACCACAUUCGCUAAGAUCCAGGUCCGCAGAUAUCAAGGUUGUGGAUUCUGAAAGUCUCAAAUUGGAUUACCCGAUUGUUACCUUUAUUAAAACCGACUGAUCCGUGUUUUAUUUUGUGGAACAACGCAACCGAACUACAAUUGGGGCAAAAAAAAAUCGAAUCUCAGAGGUGGUUCGACGUGGAGAAAAACAGAGAUUCUACUUCGAUCGGAGUACCAACCGCCCCUCGAUUCGCGUGGCAAAUGAUUCCGAACAAAAAUUAGAAGCAGUAGAAUAAGAAGAAGCGGGAAGUGCGAUGUUUUUAUAGUGUUCACUAAAGAGACGGGUGUUGAAUAGUUCUGUGUGCUUUGUGUCGUUAGAAUUCGGUAGCGGAACAAUCGGCCCAGAACAAUGGCAGUUAGUUAAAAGUGAGCGGUGUUUUGUAAGUUAAUCCCUAGCACAAGCAGCAGUAGCAGCAGCAGCAGAAAAAGGACAACGAAGGAGACUGCUGUUGCACCCUGUUGCUGGUGUGCGUGUACGUGAUAGCGUGCCUGCGUGCGUGUGUGUGCGUGGGUCAGGAACGACUCACCACCCCAAAAGGGAAGUCAACCCCUCUGAUUAACGGAGUAACGGAGGGAUACUUGAAUUCAACGAGAGCCUGCAGCAGAGAAGCAGCAAAAUUUACACUUCACACUCACUGAGAUAUAUUAGCUACUACAACUGUUACUACUAAAUCUACUACUACUACUACAACUACUACUACUGAAUACGCUAAAGUGAGAGGAAGAAGAGAAAGAGAAAAAGAUUAGUGUUUAGAAAUUCGUAAACAAAACAAAAUCUACUAACAUCCCCCACGCUUUAAACAAACAAACAAACAAAAAAAACGAAGAAACGCGGAGAAAAGUUCUUAAGAAACUUAAUAUUAGUAAGUUAAAUCGAAGUUAGUAAAUCAAAUUUAAUUCGUAAACGACACAACCAAACAUAAAAUAAGCAAAAAUGGCGACGAUAGAUGGACGACCAGCACAGUACCAGAUUUCGUUGAAGAAUCUGCGCGAGAUCAUGGAGCUUCGGGGCCGGGAGGGAGUGGCCAUCGUGAACGAGUAUGGCGGCGUGCACGAGAUCUGUCGGAAGCUGUACACGUCCCCGAACGAAGGUCUGAGCGGUUCGAAGGCGGACAUCGAGCACCGGCGGGAGACAUUCGGUUCGAACAUUAUUCCCCCCAAGCCACCGAAAUCCUUCCUGACACUGGUGUGGGAGGCACUGCAGGAUGUGACGCUUAUUAUUCUGGAGAUUGCGGCCAUCAUUUCACUGUUGCUAUCGUUCUAUCAGCCAGCAGAUGAAGAUGAGCCUGUGAUCGAGGAAGAGGAAGAGCACUACUCGUGGAUCGAAGGUUUGGCGAUCCUGAUAUCGGUGUUUGUGGUGGUAAUCGUAACGGCCUUCAAUGACUACUCCAAGGAAAAGCAGUUUCGAGGGUUGCAGUCGAAAAUCGAAGGAGAGCAUGUGUUUGCAGUAAUUCGGGGUGGAGAUGCGAUACAAAUCAACAUCGGUGACAUCGUGGUGGGCGAUAUAUGCCAAAUCAAGUACGGCGAUCUGUUGCCAGCGGACGGUAUACUGAUUCAGAGUAAUGAUCUAAAGAUUGAUGAGUCGUCACUGACGGGUGAGUCGGAUCACGUGAAAAAGAACGAAUCAACGGAUCCAAUGGUCUUGUCCGGGACGCACGUGAUGGAAGGCAGUGGAAAGAUGGUAGUCACGGCAGUUGGUGUCAACUCACAGGCCGGUAUCAUAUUUACUCUGCUAGGAGCGGCUGUGGAUGAGCAUGAAGCGGCUGCCAAGAAACAGAAAAAGGAUGCCAAGAAAGCCAAGAAACUGAAGGAUGGCGAUGAGAUUACGAACAACAGUCAUCAUCCAGCGCUGAAACCGCAAACUACCGUUGACUCGAUCACUUCUGACGAUGCGGGAGAAGGUAAGGGAAGUGGCGGUGGCGGCGCAGGUCACGGUGGAAAGGAAAAAUCUGUACUCCAAGCAAAGCUGACCAAAUUGGCUAUUCAGAUUGGCUACGCUGGUUCCACUAUCGCCGUGUUAACCGUUAUCAUUCUUAUCGUUCAGUUUUGCAUUCAAACCUUUGUCAUUGAGCAGAAGCCCUGGAAAAAUACGUACGCUAACAAUCUGGUGAAGCAUUUUAUUAUCGGUGUGACCGUACUGGUUGUCGCAGUUCCAGAAGGUCUCCCAUUAGCCGUAACACUAUCGCUUGCAUAUUCCGUCAAGAAAAUGAUGAAGGAUAACAAUCUGGUGCGGCAUCUAGAUGCUUGUGAAACCAUGGGAAAUGCCACUGCCAUUUGUUCGGAUAAGACCGGAACACUGACUACCAAUCGAAUGACCGUUGUUCAGUCCUAUAUCUGUGAGAAGCUAUGCAAAGUGACACCUAAAUUUAAUGACAUUCCACGGAUAGUCGGUGAAGCGAUCGCUGAAGGAAUUUCGCUUAAUUCGGCCUUCACGUCGUGCCUGAUGCCAGGAUUGAAUCCGGGUGAUCCAUUGCAGCAAGUGGGAAAUAAGACCGAGUGUGCACUGCUUGGAUUCGUUCAAGGUUUGGGCAAGAGCUACCAGAGCAUUCGGGAUGCUCAUCCAGAGGACUCCUUCACACGGGUAUACACUUUCAACUCGGUCCGAAAGUCAAUGAGUACAGUAAUUCCAAGGCCCGGUGGAGGUUACCGGGUGUACAGCAAGGGCGCCUCGGAGAUGGUACUAAAAAAGAGCGCCUUCAUUUAUGGUCAAGAUGGUGUGCUGGAAAAGUUUACACGGGACAUGCAGGAACGGUUACUUCAUCAGGUAAUCGAACCUAUGGCAUGCGAUGGCCUACGAACAAUCUGUAUUGCAUUUCGAGAUUUUGUACCCGGUAAACCGGAAAUUAAUCAAGUUCACUACGAAGGAGAACCGAAUUGGGAUGACGAGGAUAACAUCGUAUGCAAUUUGACCUGUUUGUGUGUCGUCGGAAUCGAGGAUCCUGUGCGACCCGAAGUGCCGGACGCUAUUCGAAAGUGUCAGCGUGCCGGAAUCACUGUUCGAAUGGUUACUGGAGACAAUAUAAAUACUGCUCGAUCGAUCGCUACAAAGUGUGGCAUUAUACGGCCUCAGGAUGACUUCCUGAUUCUCGAAGGUAAGGAGUUCAAUCGACGGAUCCGGGAUAGUAACGGCGAUAUUCAGCAGCAUCUGUUGGACAAGGUCUGGCCAAAACUGCGGGUGUUGGCUCGAUCGUCUCCGACGGAUAAGUAUAAUCUGGUGAAGGGAAUCAUUGAUAGUAAGGUAUCGGACAAUCGGGAAGUGGUUGCCGUAACCGGUGACGGAACGAAUGAUGGACCGGCGCUAAAGAAAGCAGAUGUUGGAUUUGCAAUGGGAAUUGCUGGAACGGAUGUUGCCAAGGAAGCCUCCGAUAUUAUACUGACAGAUGACAAUUUCAGCAGUAUCGUCAAGGCUGUCAUGUGGGGUCGCAACGUGUACGAUUCGAUUGCCAAGUUCUUGCAGUUCCAGCUGACUGUCAAUGUGGUGGCGGUUAUUGUGGCAUUCAUUGGCGCUUGCGCUGUACAGGAUUCUCCCUUGAAGGCCGUUCAAAUGCUGUGGAUGAAUUUGAUUAUGGAUACGUUGGCAUCGUUGGCAUUGGCCACAGAAAUGCCAACCGCGGAUCUGCUACUACGCAAACCGUACGGCCGAACGAAACCACUGAUCUCGCGUACAAUGAUGAAGAAUAUACUUGGACAAGCCGUUUACCAGCUGGUGAUUGUCUUCGGUCUGCUGUUCGUCGGUGACAGAAUUCUGGACAUCGAGUCUGGUCGGGGACAGCCACUGAACUCCGAAGCUACCCAGCACUUCACUAUGAUCUUCAAUGUGUUUGUCUUUAUGACCCUGUUCAACGAGCUGAAUGCACGCAAGAUCCACGGGCAACGGAACAUCUUCCAGGGUCUGUUUACGAAUCCAAUCUUCUACAGCAUCUGGAUCAUCACGUUGGUAUCGCAGGUCUUCAUCAUCCAGUUCGGCAAGGUAGCCUUCUCGACCAAGGCACUCAACGUCGAACAGUGGCUGUGGAGUGUUUUCCUCGGCUUUGGUACCCUGAUCUGGGGCCAGCUCGUCACAUCGAUUCCGACCCGCAAGAUGCCAAAGAAGAUGGCGUGGGGACGCGGUGAAGGAGCCGAGUAUGCCGAAGCGAUUCGGCUUGGCGAGGAGCGCUACGACUCACUGGAAAAUGACAAGAAACCCCGUGCAGGUCAGAUAUUAUGGAUCCGUGGCCUUACUAGGCUGCAGACCCAGCUUCGUGUUGUACGUGCAUUUCGAUCCACAUUAGAAGAUUUAGAAGAACGUCGUUCCAUUCAUAGCUUGCAUAGUCUUAGAAGUUCACGCAGUCAUCCCGGAGGCAUGAGCACGAGUGGUACAAUGACUAGUCAAGGUCUCUCAAAUCUCUUAUAUCCACCAGGUUCCAACAUCCCAACCGGCCGGCUAAUAGGUACUAAUGUUGGCGAUCUAAAGUAUAUUGAUGAAGAUCAAAGACUUCAUAAUAAUCAGCAUAUUAUAGAGAAAUUCGCGGUUUGGACAAAAUCGACAACAGUAUAAAUUCCUUUGAUAUACGAUUGAAGAAGGAAAGAUCUCGCGCGGUUCAUUACUUUCUUUCUAAUGUGGUUUAGAGAGCAAUACUUCUAGCUAGAGUAGACACAGUCAGUUAGGACGAGAGGGAGAGAGAGAGAGUAAGGAAAAAUGAUAACACGAGCGCAAUCGACGUGCUGAACAUGGAAAAGUCGACCGAAACCGAGAGAAAUAAAGCGCAGAAACAGCAUGCAUUUCGUUCGAUAGAAUAAUCCUUGAAGCUGUAUGAAGAAACUGUAGGGCUUUUCUAAAAAACAAAGUAGGCCACCUAGGGUCAAAAAAGAACCAAGGAACAAAUUGAUAUGCCAGAGAGAGAUAGAGAGACAGUUCGAAACCGAGUAGCGCAUGGAACAAAUGGGUAAAACAAAAGGAAAUCAAAUCGGUCACAGCUUGCUGUGAUUAGCUGGAAAAGUCGAAUUAAGUAUGUAAGAAGAAACAAAAUAAAACCCUUAAUCGAGUUUAAUGGUUUAGCGAUAAUAUUAAAAAUAGUACGACACGCGAAAAAUGAGUAUUAUGUUUGACGAACAAACCAAAUAAGCUAUUGGUAAAUUAAGAAUUUAAAAGUUUACUUAUGAGAAUCCACACUCGCCCUUCCACGAACAAGAGAACAAAACAAUCACGAGGUGUACCUUCAUCCAUUGCGUUUAAAAAUUGGCACAUUUUACACAAAAAAAAUUAUUGAUGCCUGAAAAGGAGGAGUAGAAGGAAAAAUCGCGAUCUUUCAGUGUAGUAGUGAACUAAAAUCUUGAUAUACUAAAGAAACAGAUAAUGAACUUUGCAAUCGUAAUUCGGAAAGUUUCAGGGCACCGUUUGUUUUUUAGUUUGUAAAUGGAGAAAUUCAACUAUUGAGACAACAUGAUAAUAGUUCAAUCAUAUAGUUUAAUGAGAACGAUGUAUAAUAUGAUUACUCACAGUGUUACAAAAUGAGCGAGAUAAGUCUACAAGUUUGUUUAGCAAACAGAUUGCAAAGGUACAGUAUGUAAAAGAAUCUGUUAACCCUACCCUGCCGCAGCUUCAGAAUUUGUUUGAUAUUUUUGACAGAAUUGUUCAUCAGUGCAAAUUUAUGCCAUAAAUUAGCAAAUUAGUAUGUUUUCUCUUGUAUGAGAUGUUUGGAAAAGAUGCAAUACGGUAUGUUUACUCUGAUAUACCCAUCUAAAUUUUAGCGUACAUAAACAAAGGGUUAUUAUUUUAUUCGGUGUAAACUUGGACAUAAAAUUAGGGCAACAUUUACAUUGGAUAGGUAGCCAAAUUUCAUAAAAUUAGGUUGGCCAAAGAUUAAAAGUGCAAAGAUAUUUUUAACACUAUAUUGAAUAAGACGAAGCAAAUUAGGUGCUUAUCAUUUCCUCUUAGUUGGCUAGCCAAGAAGAGGAUAAGCUUGAUAUUCAUUUAACACGGCGCACAAUUCCGAAUUGGUUAUCCUAUAUGCAAGUAGAACGGAUAAUAAGUUAUUUGGAAACACAUUUCGUCGAAAGAACAAAUUUCUCUCGUAUUUCACUGUAGGUCUUAAGUUCUUCUGAAUUUUUUCAUACUCUUCAUUUUCAUUUGAUAAUCAGUCUUAAAAAGUUUUUUUUAUUUAUUCCAACUUAGGAACUGAUAAACCACUAUUUUGUUUCUUCAACAGUCAUUCAAAACUGAAAUAAGUUGGUAAGGAUGAGCUCAAGUUUUUGACUUUAUGCACAACUCUCGCAAAUCUUGAAAAAUUGGGAUAUCUCGAAAAUUGAUUUCCUUGAAAUGCCCUAUUAUUGACGGGUAUUAAAUUAUAAGGUUAAUUAGAUAAAAUGACAGUAACUUGUUUAUGUACGCUACAUAGAUAUAUUUGGGUGAAUAUGUUUUUGUUUUGAAAUAAAGUCUUUUCGUGAUUAAUAUGAUAAUCUAGUGCAUAAAUAAGCAGUCAGACUAAUGAAAAAUUUUGUCAAAUAUAUUAUGUAAAUCUUGGAAUUGUGACAGGGUGAAUUAGUAUUUUUACAAACUGUAUUUCUGAUUUUGUUUCUUUCCUUUCAGUAGUUUUAGUUAUCUUACAAGAUAAAAACAUUAUGAAAAGUUAUUUAAUUAUCGUAAGCCACAUUGAUUUUCCUUCCAUUUUCUUUUGACAAAAUCAUCAUAUAUCGUAUAUAGUGUCGAGAAAAAAAGCACUGUUUUUCUGCCUUAUAGUUAAGAACGAUUGAAAAGCGACAAAGUCUUGAAUCGACCUAGUAGAGGUGAAGCACCUUGCAUUCAAACAAACAAGAAAUCCAAAAAAAAAUAUAAAUAUAUGAGCAAUUAGCAAAUAUCAAAAGACAGCUUACCCUAAAGUUGAAGCAAAACAAACACGAACGUGAACCUUCUCUUUCACGUGACGGCAAAUUUGGAUGUGGUGACGACGGAUAGAAAAAAAAAUGACCGAAACUAGCCAACAAACCAAACACCAGCGUUGCUGAGCAACGCUGGUUUAUUAACCUGGGGUUAUAUCCUCACUUCACCACCGAUGAUGCACAAUUUCAGGUGGGUGAAAGAUCUACGCCUGCUUAUGUUUUCGGAUAUGAACGCUAGAGCCCAUGGGACACAAACAGAAGCCGGUGAAUAAAAUAUGAAAAGAAACUUUCGUGGAAGCGAGAGUCACACUGUUUUGUAUAAUUUGUUCGACUAUUUUUUGAGUGACUUAGUGGAAUGACAUAAAUUAUAACUUUGAGAAAAAAAUGCAUUAUUUAAAAUCUUCAUUUGGAUAAUAUUACUAAGAUACAUUUGCAUUUGCACCUUAAAAUACACAUUUACUUUUACAAAUACGUAUUUCGACUACGAAUUGUGGUUUUGAUCAGUGCUAGUAUCAGUCAGUAUCUGUGUAAUCCGGCACAAGUGUAGAUUUUAAAGUAAAUUGCAGUUCUUUAUAAUAUAGUGGAAACAAAUCGACGAUUCUUUCACAAGGAUUUUAUUCAAACUAUUUUCUGAUCGAUUGUUUAAUGGCAUGCACAGUUGCGCAUCCAUAAACAAUGUAAUCUUUCAUUAUGGUUAAACUGCGUAACUCUAAAGCGAAGCGAAAGAACCAAAUCUUCAUGAAAAUCAAUCAGCAGUAACUGUAACACAUUUCUGAAUUACACACUAAAGCAAUCCUUCGUAAACAUUUAGUAUACGGUGUUAAAAAACUACUUUUUUCUGCCUUGAUUUUCGAAUCAUUCUCAGUUCAAUCUAGUAAGCCGCUGUUGUUUGAGUGUUGCUUCGUUUGUGAGUUCGUGUUCACGGAUUAAUUAUUUCAAUUAGUUAAAAUUUUAUGAUGAAUAAUACGAGAAAAUUUAUUCCCGUUAUCAACUGAUUCAAAUCUGAAAAAAAAAUAACACAGACAAGUCAAAUUCAAAAUGAUGUGGUUAUAACUGUGCAACUUCAGAACGCUUCAAUGUUCCUUCCUAACCUUCAUCCCCUUUACUUGUUAUUGCACUGUGGACUUGCGAAUGUGGUUGCUACAAUGAAGACUAGAUCAUUUCAAAGCAACCGUGUUCUAUAUGUGCCCAAUACUGUCAUUCAUGGAUGACAGCAAAGCUUUCCCUUCCUAAGAUCCUGGUAUGCGAAAAAAAAACAGUGGAGGUACUGGAAAGUGACAAAACAGCAUGCUAGAGAGGCCACAACAUUCAAUAUUUUCAAAAAAAAAUCAACAAAGAUACAGAGACUACUUUGAUUAGUUGUUGCGAUACACUUCUAUGACAACGAUUAAAAGAUUGCUUUGCGGACUACUGUAUUAUCUUCCAAGACAAGCGAGUGGACAAAGACGUGCGGCUGGAUCGUUAUGUAAUGUGGAUCGUUAUGCAGCAUCUCGGAAAUUAUGGAUCUUUUCGCAAGCUGGUGCGAAGUAGUGCUGUAAAUCACUAAUCAAUAAAAAAAACUGUACACCAGGUUAAAUGUAAAGAUACAGUUAAGCAUGUAGUUAAAACCUCUCCGAUCAAAAAACAUUGUAAGUUGAUUAUUUGUAAAUCAACUCGAAACGGAAAAGCAAACAGAACAAAUUUCGAUCGGAAAUUGUCUUUCUAAAUGUACAAUCUGAUAAGAAUUGAAAUUGUAAGCACUAUCUCGAGUCUACUUUCCAUCGAUUACCUAAUACACUGCAUUAAAAUUGUAUUCAGUGCAGCUGUUUCAUGCGACAUCUGGGACAUCGUCCCUCCAAAACAUAUUAUAAAUACUUCAUUGAAGACGAAUGCUCCGCGUGAAAAUGGUUAGAGAUCUGUCAGAAACACUGCGUUGGUUUUUUUUAUUUUGAUUACCAAUUGGUGGCAAACAUGAGUCGCCAUGGUAACACAAAUUGUUCGGAAUGCUUGUCCGCUUAGGCCUAAAUGGAGAGCUUUGUCAAUUGGUGUAGCUUAAAAUACGUUCUAAAAAUCGGCAUGCUUCGAUCGAGGCAAUCGUCUACUAAAAAGAAAUGGAAAAAUUUAGAUUUUCUUUUAUGAAUACAAAGUAACUGCAGAAAUAGUAAGUAAAUUUCGUAUCUGAAGCAAUACUCAUCUUAUUGCAUCAAUGUUUGAGCAUGUGUGAGUGGUGCGAUAGCUUUUACCUCUUGUUGUUUUCACAUCAAUUCGAAAACAUUCCGAAAUCGUCCCCUAGUAUCAAAUAGCGACACUUAUGGAUUUCAUUGUCAGUUAGUAUUCGUUGUGAAGAUUCCUGAGAUAGUGCUUACAGUAGGCGAAUUUAUGAUCAUAGAAUACAAUAUCAAUUUGAAACCAGUAAAAUGCAAAAACAUGUUGGACAUUUCUUUGUUUCAUUGGCAAAUCGGUGCUAUAUCCUGUGUUAUUCAACCAAUCUAACCAAAUCUGUUGAUCGCGAUCCGGAAUCAUUUGUUUGUUAUCGUCAAAGCAGUAGCAUGUGUUGAGAUUGCUUCCCCCUAAUGAAAGUAAACUCGACAAAAUAAGAUCGUGCAGAUGAAAAAAUAAAACCCCCUGGCAAACGUGUAAAUUUAAAGGCUAGAACUAACCUACAAAUAUGACCAAAUACUAAAGCAAACCAACAGCAGACAAAAUAGCAGAUGGUGCUGCAGAAUCGUUUUCUUGUAAUAUAAUGAAAAUAAAAACGGUGUAUUUAAAUAAAAACAACUACAAAUAAUCACGAUGGUCGAGAUAUUUACGCAAUAAAACACAUUUUUACAUCCAGGAGAACUUAAAAUUAAAACAAGGUAUUUUUACUGUUAAAAACAAUUAUCAGAAGGAGGAAAAUACAUUUUUCAAAAGAAAACUUCGAAGAAGUUCAAGUCGACGCAAGCCCAUUCAUUCGAGGUAUUGCAAAUAAAAUUGAACUUAAGGUUAAACGAACCCAAUGAUAAACCAAAUCAACAACAACAAAAACGUAAUGAAACCUAAAAAUGUAGAGAAUAAAUGAUGCGUUCAUUGGAAAAUCGCCGAUAAAAAAAAACUGAAGCCAGUUUUACGUUAGAAAAAUGUAAUAAGAAAAAUAUUGUUGAUUUAAGCGCAAAAAUACCACGAAGAAAAAAAAUACCGUUGAAAUCUAGUCUAAUAAAGUCAGUAAAAUAAUUCAAUAAUCAAGGAAAUGUAAAAAAAAGUAGAACGAAGAAACGUCUGGUGAUGAACAGUAUGUGUAUAGAGACGGUGAUAUAAUAUGAUAAAAAUUAAACCCUUUAGAGGAAAAUUUCAUACCUAAGUGAAGAGAAGUGUUUCCAAGGGAUAGCGAGCAACGGUAGAUGAUGAGAGUAGUCACUCAUGCAGUUCAGUUCCCUAUUACUACAUCCCGCGAUCUAAGGUUUAAUUCACCCCAUCCUUUUUUGAAACUUGAGAAUCAUACUGCCGGAGGGAUCAUUCGAAGGUCGCAGUUGGUCACGGCAGCGGAAUCAUCAGUGUACUUAUUAGCUACUGUUUUCAAUCUUAAAAUAAAGUUUCUACUAUACAGAUCUGUGAUAGGGAUGCUCUCUUUUUCUCAUUUCCGCUACCGCGCCAUAGUCCCUGAUUCUUAGGACCGCACUCAGACCUUUGAUGUGCAACAUACAGAGAAAAAAUACAUAAUUAUUUCGUCAUUUGUAUGCUUUAUCUAUUUUGGGGAAAACGAAGACAUGCUCACGUUCGUUUAUUACCAAACAACCCUGAAUUUACGGGGUUUGUUCUACUCCCUACUCCAUGGUUUACUGCGAUGCACGUGACUGCACAACCGCAUUUCUAUGAGAAACAAGUUCAUCACAGUUUACGAGUGAGCGUUAUUCAGUUGACACGGUUUGCUUUGAUGUUCUUUUCAGUCAACAAUUCAAUUUUGUUUCUAUUUGGUCCACAGUUUAGUUGCUCUCGUAGAACAAACUGACCAAACUAGACUUGUUUUACAAUAGUUAUCCUUUGUUGUCCAAAAAGCUAUUGUUAGUGUCAGAAAAUAACGUAACCUACCAUUCGGGGGCUAGUAACAUAACUAAAUAAAUAAGCAUUUUUAAACAAAAACAUCAUUAAUAGGAGACGAAAAGCGUUCUAAAAAGAAAGAGAGAGAGAGGGAAAAUCACACAAAACCACAUUCUAUUGUGCACAUACAUUUGAAAAUGAGAAAUACGAAGUAACACCAAAAUAAUCUCCCACACAUAAGAGAUAAACAACUUGACACCGUUCGUACACAUUUAUGAACAUUUAUAUUUCUAUAGGAACCAACAAAAAAACUCGAAAAUUUCUUCAACAUAUGUGUGUGUAAUACUUACGUCACCUAAGAUGAAAUAACUCGAUUAAGAAAAACCUAAUUCAUAUAAAAAUGACACUUCGAACUCAUGAAAACACACAUCAGUUUGUUAGCAGUUGUUCACAGACUAGAUAAGACAUUAAGCAAAAAAAUAGCAUCUACACAGGAAAUUUGCCUCCUUCAGCAUAUUAGCGUCUAUCGAAACCCUUAGUGAUUUAGUUUAAGUUCGAAUCCGUGAACCCCGAUUUCUUGCUUUGAAUUUGAACGUUUUACUGAAUAUUAGCCAAAAGAAAAACGAACGUUUGUUAGGAAAAAAAAUAAAAUUCGCGGGUAAACCAAGCAAGAAAACAGUAGAAAAUUGAAUAGACCGUGUAGUAGUUUUUACUAUGAAAUAAUCAAGUGAACUGACUUGAAAAAAAAAUAUAAACAAAACUAAUUGCAACCGAACUGAGAUCAGACCAGGUGCUGAAGUUCCCUUUUGUUGUUUUGUUUUUGAUUCCAACUAUUCAUCAGCACCGCAACAUCCGUUAGAACCCUCAGCAUCAAAGUAGCCUAGGCUAACGGGGUGAUUGCCCCGACCGGUCCGAACAGCUGACGGAGAAUGAAUUCUAUUAUCACACCCAUACCCGAACUGAGUCAAGGCUAAUGCGAUGGUGCUGUGACUAGUCUUGUUUGCAUUUAAUGUGAUCCUUUCCUAUCCUCACUAUCUCACAAUCCCUUUCUUCACUGAGGAGACAAACUUAAAACGUAAUCUCUGUAGAUUUCUCAUAUAAUAUGAUAGCGCGAUUGUCAUGAAGAUGAAGAAGAUCAGUAAAAGAUAGUCUAGCAGAACUUACUCGAUUCGCCAUUAUGGAAUAUGUUGCCAUUUAUUGUUUUUGUUGAUAUUUAAAAGUAAGAGAUUUAUAUUAAAUGCCACUUUUAACCGUGUUUACAUUUCACAUACUUUUAAUUAGUUUGCGCCCGGUGGGUUUCUAGAUUCUGCAAGGAAAAACCAGCAACCGAAGGACUCAAAUAAAGCAUUUGAUGAAUAGAAGCAAGGAACAGGUAAGAGUGAGGAAAACAACAGCUUCUGUCCUUUUGUACUGUGUAUUAUACCAACUGUUAUAAUUACGCACAAUAAAAGGGAUACGCUUCUUGAAAUCUUAUCACAACAUCAAAACAACACGAUUUUAAUCACUGCAAAACCAUAUAUGUGUUCAGAAAGAUAUUCCCCCACAUAGGAAGAAAAGGAGAAAGAGAGAGAGGAAACCAAACACGAAGCAAAAAUCCAGAAGCAACAACCGAACAACGGCGUGGACGCGACAUCACCCCCCUCACACUAGUCGCAACAAGAUACGCCCCAGCAGAAAGCAAGCCCACCGUUAGCGCGCAAUAAAACUAACCCAUACAUACAUAGAGACCAUCACAGCGGAUAACCAAACGCCUACUAGGUUCCUUUUUCUAUCUCUUUGAAAUGUACAGCAGAACAUGGUCUUCAUCAUCGAAUCACCCAUUGUUUCGAAUCGCAACGUAGCGUAACAAACGACAAAGGAAUAAAGCAAACUGAUCUCCAUCCUUCUCCUCUCUUCUAUCCACGCCCAUUCGCCUCAUUCAUUUGAACCUUGAAAUCCUCCUGUCUGGAAGACAAAAAUCCCAAACAAACAACCAAAAGAAAACGUUAAAUUAAGUUCGAGUUAAUACUUAAAAAUAGUGACCUACCUUAGUGUGUAAAAAGAAGAAGAAAAAAAAAACAAAUGUUAUUUAUUUUAAAUAGUUGUUACAAACAAAUGAGAACAAAAAAGUUUUAUUUUCUAUUAAUCGUUUACUUGAUUCUCAUCAUAACGUUUAAUAUUUCACAAAAGCAAAAAAUGCAAGAAAGUUGCAGAACUAGCAAGCGAAAGGAGAACAACACUGAGAAAGAGUAUUAUUUUUAAUUUAACAAAAAAUGAGAAAAUAAUGAAGAAAAAACUAAAAUUAUGAUGUAACUAAAAAAAGCCUUGAAAUUCAUUCUUGCAAUGUUAUUUCAGUGAAAAAGAAUUAAAUGAAAUAUAAUUCGAAGCGCGAUAUGAGAAUUAAAUUGUAUAGGAUUUAGCCAUAAAGCAUAAGAGUUGAAAAUUGAACAUAAAAAAGAUAAACGAAAAAGUAAAGAAGAAAAAUCUGCGUAGCCUGAGGGAGCAUAAAAGCAGCAGCAUGGUGCGGAGUUUCUCUCGAAGAACAAAUAAAUAAAAAACUGGAAAGUUUUCGAACAAUUUCAUUUCCUUUUAAAAUGAAAAAAUAAAAACCACAUGAGCGGAUAAAACUCUUCAGAAAGAUAAGAAGCAGAAGAAGGGAAAAAUCGAACUAGGAAAAGAAUUUUGAUUUUAUUGUACAUUGUUAUUAAUUAUUGAAUUAAAUCAUAGAUAUAUUACAUAAAAAAGAGAAAAAAGCAAAAAUACAAAAAAAAUCAAAAAAAAAAAUAAAGCGCGUCUAUCUGUGGAGUUA